UCAGCAUGCGAAACCUCCAACGACCGUUACCCGCCAGCUCCGUGAGUUACGUACCAGCUGCUCUCCAAGAGGCACCUUCUGAAGCUUCAUCUUGUGGACGCCCGCCGAGGCGGAGCCGACCAUGGCGCCAGCGGCCAGGAUAACGGCGUUCUUCAUAGUGGGCAACGAGUGGCAGUCAAAUCUUAUCAAGCAGAGAAAGAGUGUCGAGGGUCUUGCAGCAGUAAGUGGUAUUGGGAUGGAGAGACGAAGAUGGAUGAUUAUGAAGCGCCGCAGUCUGUCGGAAGGGGAGGGAGCCGGAGCUUGGUGGGUGAGUGGUGACUGGGUGCUUGGGUGGUGGCUGGACCUGGAGCUCCUGUUUCGGUUUGGGGGUUGCUGCCGCCAACUCCGCAACUCCGCCAAGCCAAGGCAGCACUCCUGCCACAUCAUGUGCUGCAAGCUUGUGCUGACGUAUGACCGUCUGGGGUCUGGGCGACUGGGCCUCUACGGUUCGGGGCUAUGGCGCGCUAGUCCCAACGUGUCUCCUGGUAGCUUCCACAGCAACCAACUCCGCAAGUUCAGGCUGACUCUGAGUUUCUGUCCUCUCUUAACUUUCUGGUUGUCGUCCACUCUGCAACACAUACGAUACGUGGUAAUUAGAAUUAGUAUAAGAAUAUGGGAAAGGGCUUAUAUUUCGCUGAUUGCACAAUAUCUGCUGCUAUAGCACGAUGACACCAUACAUAGUGUUUCAUGAGCUUCAUCAAUACAUUAUCUCCGACCUCACAAUAACUGCAUAUUCUCAUACACAGGGAUGUACCUCAAGGUGCGUCUACAUAAUCCGGUGGCUCCUGUGAGCGAUUCUCCACUUCCCUCU